UUCGAAUCGCAUGCUACGGUGCAUCGAAACGUCAGCCCCUUUUGCUUCGCUGACUGUUUCCUUCAUAACGACGGAAUCGAGAAAAGAAAAGAACAAGAGAGCUAGGAUGUUGGAUCAUUUCAAAACAGAAUCGUGCAGGAUCUAAACGUGCGACGAUGUUUAAUCUUGAGUGACGCUUGGAUUCAUGGACCAAUUUUUUUGCUGAAGGUUAGGUAACGAAUUCUUGAAAUACUCGUCCUCCAGAAAAUCAGGAUCAGUAGCUUUAAUGUGAAUUAUUUGAACUGACUAUUCUAUUAAAGAAACAUGUCAGACGAAGAAGAUACAGCAAUAUUAUUAAACAGUGCAAACAAAACUGUUGAAACAUCUAUAAGUAAAGUACCAAAUGAAAAUUAUCAAUGUCUGCCCACAAAGAAUCUGAGAAAACCGCUUCCAAAACAGACCGACAAUUUGACACCGUUAACAUCAGGCAAUCAAAAUGUGUUCGUUUCUACGGUUGCAAUUUUGGCAGGUAUUGCCUUUGGAUGUGAUAUGGGCAUAGCAAAACCUAUAGCCCCUUUGAUCAAACACGAAUUCAACUUGAAUUGCUUUGAGAAAGAUUUUGUAAUAAGUAUUUGGUUCAGUGGAGCUCUUAUGGGUGGUUUAACUGGUGGUUUUUUAAUCGAUUCCUUUGGUCGACGAUGGACUAUGAUAUCUAUGUUGAUCUUCCUCACUUUUGGUGCAACAUUAUCAGCAUUGGCAAAUCAUUAUAUUUUGCUACUUAUUGCACGGACCAUUUGCGGAUAUUCAGGAUCUGUUUCAGCUGUAGCUCACUGCAUAUACAUGGCAGAAGUAUCUGAUUCUAAUAAGCGUGGAUAUAACAUAAUGUUAUAUCAACUGGGUAUAGCUACCGGAUUUUUAAUUUCCGUCAUUGCUGCUGCCGUUAAAAACAUAGAUUACCAAUGGCGAUUUUCCAUCGGUAUAACGGCCGUUCCCGCCCUGGCCGCGUGCAUCAUCACCAUCAUAUUUCUCCAACGAUCUCCACCCUUCUUGCUAUACAAAAGAAUGGCGAACGUUUCGAAAACAUCAUCCAAGAGUGCUUGGAACACGGUUUUCACGACUCUGACAAUUAUGGCUUUCUUGUUGAUAUUGCAACAAAGUACCGGUAAACGACAAGUGUUAUAUUACGCCCCAAGAUUGUUCGCACUGUUAGGCAUUUGUUCCAACAUUGCAGAAGUUACGGCUUUAAUAUCUCUUGGCAUAGUCAAGGUAUUCAGUACGAUGUUGUGUCUGGUCAUCAUAGAAAGAUGCGGACGUCGAACAGCUUUGAUUACGUCUGCAACUAUUUGCAUGACAACGAUAUCAUUGUUAUCCUUACUCGCCACGAUAGAUAGAGGCGACGAUAAUUUAGAUAUUGUAAAUACUCAUUGCAAGAAUCACCAUAGCGAGGACGUUAAAAUCCAAAAUGUUUUACCUACUGGAUCUCCACCACCGUUUCCUUUACUGCCAACUCCAUUAGCGGUUAUUGCUCCCAGUCCAGAGACAUGGACACAAAUUAAAGCAUCCUGCGAAACACAGAAUAUUAUUGUAUCCGAAGGUUUGACCGGUGGUUUGCGUAUUUUAGCGGUGAUAACGCUGCUCGUUUAUGAAGCAGCAUACGCGUUAGGACUUGGUCCAGUGCCUCUAUUGAAUCUCACAGAAGUUUUCCCUGCAGCGGUUCGAGGAAGGUGUAUUAGUUUCAUUUCCAUCGUGAUAUGGAUAACGUACAUUAUUGCUACAGAGUCAGUUAGCGCGAUGGCCAAAUCGUUGACGUUAGCUGGAUCGUAUCUGUUUUAUAGCUUUAUGUGCCUCAUCACUAUAGUUUACGUUUUUCUACUUAUCCCAGAAACGAAAAGCAAGACUCUUCAUCAAGUUGCUCAAGGAUUACGCAAAAAUUCCCUCGGAACGCGUAUAUGCAAUAACUUGCGUAGCUUGCCACUUAUUUGUCACAUCCAGUGGAUAAAGAAGUAUGACGGCAACGUAAGUAACGGGCAGAGUACGUUAAUUUGAAAACGAACCACUCUGCAUCGGAAUAAUCAUAUAGAAUUGCAGUUCGUCUGUAAAAGUAUUUAAAAGUCCUCUUUCUUUUUCGUUCUCUUACGUAAGGUUAACUUAAACUUACGAAGUUCAAGACCUGUCAAACACAGUGUUCAGCACGUAUAAAGUGCUUUGAUAAGAUUUCCUUAACUGCCGAUUACAGUACAUAUCAUGCGGUUGGAAAAAAGUUCAACGCAAAAGACUGAUUAGUUUUUUAAUUUCAUUCAUUCUCGUUUUUUUAACCUUCCUAACUAAAUUAUUAUACGUAGCGAUAAUUUUCGCCCUGCAUCGUUAACACGUUGCAUGAUACAAUCACUUUUAAUAAGAAAUUUAGUUGAAGAUGUAACUAAGAAUCAUGUAAACGAUAAUGAACUAUACAUUUUAUAGCGUAGCAGAGUCUCAAAAAGUUUUAAACAAAUAUAUGUUAAAUGUCACUUUACUAUUAAAAAUAGCACUAUUUUUUUUAUUGCCGUACUUUUAAAUACAGAUUUAUUUACCCCGUUGCAAUUUCCCUAUAUGUAACGAAGACGUGCAAUGUUCUCCGGUGCCAUUUCAGAAAACAAUAUUAUGUAAAAAGUCUUUUAUUAUAUAUAACAUUGCUGUAUAUAAAAAUAAUUUUUCGUAUGUAUAAUUAUUGCAGAUUUACAAUAUUAUAUAAUAUAGCGUAAUAUCAUACUUGGCAAUGAGAUGCAAUUGAUUUACAUACGUAAUAAAACUUAAUAAAAGAAAGCGUUAUCUCCUUUCCUUGUUUCCUACAUAGUACUAUACAGGGUUCACAACUAAUAUAAGUUUAAUGAAGCGUAGUUGAUGUGAUUUUGAAUAAAAUUUCCCUUUGCAAAAAUGA